AUGUCUUCUAAAACCAUAUUUUGCGACCUCUGCAUCAUUACACUGUUCGGUCUGCUCGCAGUUUUUGCAGAGGAAAAGUCUAGUGUCCAGGAAAGCACAGACAGCGGUCUAAAGGGAAAUUGCUCUUGCGGCGGUUUUCCUACGAAUACUCCGGCAGUAACAGACGCGCCCCUUCUCUCUCAGAUGCCGGGCCUGGUCGUGCAAUGCGAUGAGGCGGGGCAGAACACUUGCAAGAACCUAUGCAACGCUAUAGCCACCGCUACUAAGGCAAAAGGACCCGAAAUCCUUUGUAAUAAAUUAAAAGAUGCUCACGAGUUGAAGUUGUCGGCGUUUGCUAAAAUUUGCGAGAACCCAUGGGCAUAUGCCAACAUAACAGCGGAGGCGCCCCUCUGCUGUGCCGACUCCAAGGUGCUUGUGUGUCCUUCGGUCGAGGUAUCCAACGGUACAACUACGGAGGACGUGGACGUCAAAACGGCUAUAUAACGCUACUAUUUUGUUGUAUAAUAAGUUUUAAAUUUGUCGACUACGCGUGUUAUGAAAAUACCAAUAAUUAACAUCUUUGCCAUUUUGUUAUACAUUGAUCUUUCCAGCCUUUCCUGAUGUUUAUCUCAGUGUUCUGUUAUUGUCAUCAUCAUAAUUAGGUCACUAAACUUUAUGGAAAAUAUUUUGCCAGAUUGUAGUUAGUGCUAUAAGAGUUUUAGCAGAACAUCCGGUAACAAAACUUAUAAUUAUUAUGACAAAAGCUGCCAGUAAUAUAUUUUAUUUUCUAUUAUAUAAAGUUCAAUGAAAUCAAUUUUUUAUUAUUAUUAUAAUAUUUAACUUGCCUGAUUUUCACUAGUUAGCACAAUUUUUAACAAUGAUAAUGAUGGAGCCAUCAGCCCUUUGUAAUUACACGAAGCAACCUCAUCGCUUAUGGGCUGGUUUUA